UAUUUUUUGAAUAUUUGUAUGAUCCCCAAAUCCAGAUAUUCUGUUAGUUUGCGGUUUACACAGUACUACUUCACCAGAAACCACUCUGUAGCUUCCCCAAUUUGUCAACUCAAACAACACACCAAGUUUAUCAUAGCAAGUUUCUGCUGGCAGUCUUCCUACAAGAUUCAGUCGAUUGUGUCGCAAGUGGAGAGACAUGGACUGGUGUGUGUCAAUGCCCAAAAUUGAACUUCACGCGCAUCUUAAUGGCUCAAUCAGGGACUCCACAUUGCUGGAGCUUGCUAGGGAACUAGGGGAGAAAGGUGCUAUCAUUUUCUCAGACGUCGAGCAUGUUAUUCUGAAAAGCGAUCGAGCUCUGAAUGAAGUAUUCAAGAUGUUUGAUCUGAUUCAUGUUAUUACAACCGACCACAAAACUGUUGCUAGGAUAACAAAAGAGGUUAUUGAGGAUUUUGCUGCAGACAAUGUCGUCUACCUGGAAUUAAGAACGACUCCGAAGAGGAAUGAUUCUAAAGCUAUGAGCAAGCGCUCAUACGUGGAAGCAGUUCUAGAGGGCAUAAGAUCUGUCAAUUCAGUUGAGGUAGAUCUUUCUGGUGAACUGAAGACAGGUGCUUUUGCACAUUCUCAUUCCGUGGAUGGUUUAUGCAAUGGCAUUGGAAGCAAGAAGAUAUAUGUGAGGCUACUUCUAAGUAUCGAUCGCCGUGAGACAGCUGAAGCUGCUAUGGAAACUGUGGAGCUUGCUAUGGAACUCAAAGAUUUUGGGGUAGUGGGCAUAGAUCUUUGUGGCAACCCUAAUGUUGGUCAAUGGCUGACGUUUUUACCAGCAUUAGAAUUUGCUAAAAAGCAAGGCCUUCCAAUUACCUUACAUUGUGGAGAGGUACCCAAUCCAGUUGAAAUUCAUGCAAUGCUAGAUUUUCUUCCCAAGAGAAUCGGGCAUGCCUGUUGCCUUGAAGAUGAAGACUGGAAGCUUUUGAAAAGACUUGAAAUUCCAGUGGAGAUUUGUUUGACAUCCAACAUUAAAACUGAAACUAUUGCUUCUGCAGAUGUUCACCACUUUGCUGAUCUAUACAAAUCAAACCAUCCUCUGAUUUUGUGCACUGAUGAUUGUGGGGUCUUCUCUACCAGUCUAUCUGCUGAGUAUGCCCUUGCCUCAUCUGCCUUUGGUCUUGGAAAGAGGGAGAUGUUUCAGCUUGCGCAAAAAGCCAUAGACUUCAUUUUCGCAAGUGAGAGAGUAAAGGAAGAUUUGAAGGCUACUUUUGCCUCAGCUCACACCAAACUCAACUUGUAAUCUGCUCAGUGAAUUGAACUCUCUUAAACAAAGAAUUUGUUUAGCUAACGUUGUAGGUUACCAGUGCGCAAAAUGAGCAAAGGUUUAAAUCACUGCAAGGGGAAGAUAUGAUGCAGUUGAAUGAUUACAAAUUAAACUAGGCUGGUUUCAGAUUAUUAAAUUAUCCACUACUGUAACUAAAGUCAUUCCCUUCAAUUGCACUCUUGAGAUAUCAUCAUUUUGAGCACUACCUCUCAAGUAA